GUAUUUUCCCAUAAAUACAAGACGAACCCCAACACCCCAACCCCUCUUAGAAAUUUCGGACGGGUAACAUUUCCGGAACACCUAUUGGCUGGAAUGAUCCAUUAUAAACGAUCGCGCAGAGGGACUAUUACAUUUUACAAACCGUUUCUGAAGGAGAAGUAUUUCUGUAAAUAUCUGUUUUUCAGCAGAAGAGGCGAGCAUGCUGUCUGUGUUGCUGUUGUUGGGCAUUGGUGUUGUUCUAGCCAAUUGUGUUCACAGAGGUCGGAAUGGUUGAUGAUCAGCAGUUCAACUCUAUGAAAACUGUACCAAUGGCAGAGUGGAUGAGACAGAAUGAAGAAGUAUAUCAUUUGGACAGACAUGUGAUCUUCAAGAGUAACAUCCAGGUUGCAAAAGAACGAUUUAACCAGUCAACAGAUGAUGUCCUGAGUGAUGUGCUUUCCCUGAAACUCGAAAGACAUGACUCUCUUCGCAUUGAUGAUGAUGUUCUCAGUGAUGCGCCUGCCGACAAACCUGACUCUCUUCACAUUGAUGAUGAUGUCCUCAGUGAUGUGCUUUCCCAGAAACUUGAACGACAUGACUCUCUUCGCAUUGAUGAUGAUGUCCUCAGUGAUGCGCCUGCCGACAAACCUGACUCUCUUCACAUUGAUGAUUAUGUCCUCAGUGAUGUGCUUUCCCAGAAACUUGAACGACAUGACUCUCUUCGCAUUGAUGAUGAUGUCCUCAGUCAUGCGCCUGCGGACAAACCUGACUCUCUUCACAUUGAUGAUAAAGUGAGGAGAAACACUGAUGACGUGAUUGCAGCGGAAAAUCGUUUACGUACCUACGCAUUAUGUACACCCUCACGCAGGCACGAGCACAGAUAGGGCUCCAUCUGUACAGAGCAUAUUCCCUUUUUGCCCUUAUACUCUGAUGUACCCUUUCAUAGUAGUGUUAUUUCUUCAUUAAAUACAUGCUACUGGUUACCCUUAAUGUGUGUCUGCCUGUUUUACAAAAAUGUAGCCAACGAAAGAGCUUGUGACUACAUGUUGUUGGAUGAGCAUAAACCUUG